AUGGAUUUCCUUCGCGGACGAGUCGUGCUGCUUGUCCUGGUGCUGGUGUCUGCGUGCAUCGCUACGCGUCUCCCCAUCGUCGACCUGGGCUACGAGUUGCAUCAAGCCUAUUCCUACAAUGAAACCUCUGGACUGUACAACUUUUCCAACAUCCGUUAUGCCGCCCCUCCUGUGGGAAAUCUUCGCUGGCGCCCUCCUGUUGCCCCUACUGUGAACCGCUCCGUGGUCCACACAGGCUCUCGCGGUCGUAUCUGCCCUCAGGCGACUCCCAUGUGGGAAACGGACAUCGCACCGGAUUUCGUGGUGAGCGUCAUAGAGGGGGUCCCCUACACUGGCCCGACCAACAUCUCGAGUUUUUCGUACACACCCGGCACGCCUGAUCCUCGUACGACUGAGGACUGCCUUUUCCUGGACAUCGUGGUGCCCAAGAAGAUCUUCGAUCGCUCUCAGAACAAGACCUCGGUUCCCGAGAAUGCGACAGCCCCAGUUCUCGUCUGGAUCUUUGGUGGCGGUUAUACGUCCGGCGAUAAGAGUGAGGAAAGCCCAACGGGACUGAUCGAGCGCAGCUUGAAAGGUGGAAAGGAGGGCAUUGUCUUUGUGGCGCUCAAUUACCGUCUCGGCGCCUUUGGCUGGCUCGCUGGUAGCAGCUUGACUGGCAAUGGCACUGCUAAUGCUGCCCUGUACGAUCAACGCUUCGCCCUGGACUGGGUCUACAAGAACAUCCAUCUUUUCGGAGGCAACCCCAACCGUGUCACCGUCAUGGGCGAAUCCGCCGGAGGAGGCUCCAUUGAACACCAGAUCACCGCGUUCGGAGGCAGCAGAGGACCCGCCCCCUUCCAGCAGGCCAUCCUCCAAAGCCCCGGCUGGUAUCCAGUCCCCGAGCAAGAUGAACAAGAGGACACGCUGCAGGAAUUCUUGGGCCUGCUGAACGUCAGCACCAUCGCCCAAGCCCGCUCGCUGCCUUCCAGCGACCUGAUUGCCGCCAACGCCUACCAGGUCGCCAAGACGCAGCUGUACGGCACCUUCAAGUACGGGCCCGUCGUGGAUGGGGUCUUUGCGCCCGAGCUCCCGGGCAUGCUGCUUCUCGAGGGCCGGUUCGACCACAACCUGAGCAUCAUGGUUGGCCACAACGCCAAUGAGGGUCUCGCCUUCACACCUCCAUACAGCGUCGAGUCGGACGGCCUUGAGCUCCUCAUCAAGAGCCACCUGCCGGAGAUCAGCGCCAACGCCGAGAACUACAUCACCAACGUCCUGUACCCGGCCAACUACAGCGGCCUGUACGGAUACAACACGACGGUCGGGCGGUCCGCGCUCACGAUCGGGGAUCUGGUCUUCUCGUGCAACACCGACUACCUUAACCGCGCGUACGGCAACGAUACCUACGCGUACAUGUUCAGCAUCCCGCCUGCCAUCCACGGGCAAGACGUUCCCUACACCUUCUACACACCUGGGGUCUCUUCGGCCUCGGACGUGGAGAGCACAUACAUCGCCGAUGUGAUGCAGGACUAUUUCACCAGCUUCGUCGAGACGGGCGUGCCCAACUCGACCAUCGGCCCGGUGUUCGAAAAGUACGGCGCCCGCGGUCGGCUGCUGAACCUAGGCCUGACCAACAUCACGGCCAUGCAGGAUCCCACGCGCAACCCGCGCUGCAAGUGGUGGCAGAAGGGUCUUUAUUUUCCUCAUAAUUAG